UAUCUCUGAAGCAGACGACUUCUCAAAAAUUGUAGGCCAGUGUUAUUAGUAUAUGUGUGUGUGUGUGGUGGGUGUAGGGCCCCCAGUGGGCAGGCACCAGCACAGGUCAGUGGGACUCCUGGCCAGUUCAGCUAAGAAAGGCGGGGUCAGGGGUCAGUUCCCAGGGGAAUGGUAGGACUCUGGCCUGGCAUCACCCGCCCAGGGAAGAGGGUAACCAUAUUUCAGGUUCCCCAAAAGAGGACACUGGGGAAGAGGGAGCUGGAAGGGGGUAUGGUUGGGGGUGCUGGAGGCGUGUGUGCACACUGGGUUACCUAGGGGGUGCUGGAUGGUGUUGCUGUGGCAUGGAUACUCACUGGAGGUGAGGGGCAGUGUCACUGGCUCUCACAGUGGUAGGCGCAAGCCCAGAACCCAGUGCCAGCCGUCAGUCAGUGACUCCCUGCGGGACCCCCUUGCCAGGGCCGGAACCCAGGUUGCAGGGGAAUGGACCAAUCAGCUUCUGCAGAUGCAGCGGCGGCACCAAUCCGGGCUCUUUCUGAGCAGCAACUGUCAGCUGCGAAAGCGGCCUGGACUUGAAUUUUAAAGUGUGAUUCUCAGAACGUGCGGUGCAGCUGACUGCAGGAGGAAUCACAUGGUGCCUAAAACCGGCCCUUUGGACUAUUCAGCCAGCCCCAGCCCCGCCCUCUCUCUAGCUGCAGGCCAGGCAGCCAGAGUGAGCAAAUGGCAGCUGGAGAGAGAGCCGGGAAAAGGCAGCUCUCCUUGGGCAAGGCCGCCUGCAUCCUCACUGGGGCAUCCCGGGGCUUCGGCCGGAGCCUGGCCCUGCUGCUGGCCCCGAGGCUGGAAACUGGCUCCAUCCUGAUCCCGGUGGCCCGAUCGCAGGGGGGCUUGGCCGAGCUGGAGGCUGAGUUGCGAGCCAGUUUCCCCAGCUUGAAAGUGCAUUCCGUGCAGGCUGAUCUGGGCACGGAGGACGGGCUACAGCUGGUGCUGCAAGCAGUCCAGGACAAGCUGCCGGGAGCUGCUGAUCUGGAGCGGCUCCUCGUCAUCAACAACGCGGGAUCACUUGGAGACAUCUCCAAAUCCUUUCUGGAUUUCACCAGCCCAGCCGAAGUCAACAGCUACUUUGCCUUCAAUGUCACCUCGGCCCUCUGCCUCACAUCCUCCAUCCUGAAGGCCUUCCCGGGGCACCCUGGCUUGUGCAAGACUGUUGUGAACAUCUCCUCACUGUGUGCCCUGAAGCCCUUCAAGAGCUGGACGUUGUACUGCACUGGGAAGGCCUCGCGGGACAUGAUGUUCCAGGUGCUGGCCCUUGAAAACCCGGAGGUUAGAGUGCUCAGCUAUGCCCCAGGGCCGCUGGACACGGAGAUGCAGCAGCUGGCCCGCACCAAGUCCGGAGACCCGGACGUGCGCCAGCAGUUCCUGCGCAUGAAGCAGAGUGGGCAGCUGCUGGACUGCGGCGUGUCCGCCCGGAAGCUAGUGGCUCUGCUGCUGGAGGACACGUUCGCCUCCGGGGCACACGUAGACUUCUAUGAAAUCUAACCCGCCAGCCUGCUGCUCCCCCCACGCCGCGGCCGCUGCUUCUGCAACUCAGCUCCUAUAAAACGCCCUGGGCUUUCAGAAGGGAACCAGCUGCUGGCCUGUGACUCUCCUUUCAGCGGACCGCCCACCAAGCGGGGCCUUGGCCGGGGAGCUGUGGUAACUGGGCUUGCCGAGCCAGCACUCCCCGGACAGGUCACAGGGGCAGCAGCACGGGGUUGGGAGGCGGCGCACACAGCGCGGUCACCCUGGCAACCGCCGCUCAGGGCUCCCCCCACUCCCAGCUGCCUGCCCGGCCCGGCGGCGCGUCUCCCCCGCCUACGUGGCUCGGGCCCCAGGCUACCCCUCCCCCCGCGCGGGGAGCCGUUGAGCCGCGAGCGGUGAAGGUCGUUGCUGCAGAUGUUACCGCGCAUGCUCAAAUGUCCGGCCCCAGUCGUAGCGAGGUGGCUCAUCCCGGGGGGGGGGGGCUACGCCGGGCGCAGUGACCAGGCCCGGGCCAGGGUCUCGGGCUUGGCGGCCGCCGGCGGCGCUGGGCAGGACCCUCCCUGGGCGGCCCUCGCAAGGUCGCAGCUACCUGCAGCGGUGAUCGCCGAGCCCCGCCCGCUGUCGCGUUACCUCGGCUCGGCAGAGCCGGGGCCAGAGCGAGUAGGUGUUUAAACGGGCAAGUGAAAUGUCAUUGAUUAUUGGCGGUUAUUCUUGUAUCAGUCCGCGCGGCAAAGGGGGAGCACGUGCGUGCUGGGGGUAGGCUGGGCCGGGCCAUGUUCAUGGCAGGUUGCAGGUCUGGUUAACCCAGCAGCAUUCUUAGUAAGGGGGGAAGUUGACUGGCCAUUCCCGGGGCAUGAACUUUGUACAUCUUUGAAACACGAUGCACCCCAGGGCUCCUGUGUUUGCAAGGGAAUACCGGCUAAAAGCUACACGUAUUGCAUAAGCGACAAAUUGUGUUUCUUCUGGCUAACUGUUACCCAGGGCUUACCCUGUAUGUUGUUCAGGGUAGGGACUAUAUGUUAUGUUUGUACAUCACCUAGCCCACAAUGAAGCUAGAGCAUGUAGAUGCUUCGGCAAUACAAAUUCAAUAAGCAGAUUUAUCGUGGGGAGUGCUUGGUCCUUCUGGCUUGAUGCUUCCUUAUUAAUGGGAAAGUUGGUAUUGCACCCAGAGACUAUGAUUUUAAGUUUUUACAAACCAGAAUAAAAUUUUAUUAUAUUGUGCUUCUCA